AUGAAGUUACAUUACAUUAAUAUAUUAUUAUUUUCCCUUCCAUUAAAUAUAUUUUUAACAUCAUGUCAUCCAAACACAAAAACGGAAAAAAUACAAACUACUAGGUUAUUAUGCGAAUUUGAAUUGUAUUCGCUACAAAAUUAUGAUAAUGAUCCUCAAAUGAAAGAAAUAAUGGAAAAUUUCGAAAUUCUAACGGAACAGAUGUUUUGCGAAUAUGACGAAAGGAUGCAAGAAAAAAAAUGUAAGGAACAAUGUGAUAUAGAAAUACAACAAAUUAUUUUAAAAGAUAAAAUAGAAAAAACACUAGCGGAACAUUUCGGUACGUUGGAAAUGAAUAUAUCUACUUAUGAUAUACCCUCCUGCGUUUGUGAAAAAUCUUUAGCAGAUAAAGUGGAAAAAGGUUGUUUGAGAUAUGGACAAAAUUUGGGAGGGAUUGUUGUACCCUCUACAUGAGUAUUAGGAGGAAUUACUGAAGCUGCUAUUGCAGAAGCUAUAACUGAGGGGGAGGUUGUUGGUGAAGCUGAUGAUAUUAAAGCAGGUAUUGCUAAAGCAAUUCAAUUAGUAAA